UGCUGGACUUUUUUAAUGUUUAUUUGAUCAAGAGUUUUUGGACUUUAUUAUGUAUGACUGUGUUGGAUAUGAUGAAUGCCAUAACUUACGUCAAGCAUAAAUGCUGACAGUCCUCUAAAUGGUCUCAUAAAUACAAUUUUCUUCUUGAAAACCAAUGUAGUGUCUCAUUUAUGGGGAAAAUUGUGCAAUUGGCAUCAAAAUGGAGUUAAGAAGUUCCCUGAGGAGUCAAAGCAAACAGUCCUUGACUUGAGUCUUCAUUUUUGUGGUGUUAUUAUGUAACUUUGAUUCAUCAGUGAGAGAACAUUUUUGAUUCACUUGUAGUAAAUUGAAAGAUUCCAUGCGUUUUGGAUAAACCUCUCCGACCCAUGUGCGUCAAGAAAGACAGAAGAGAAGAGGAAUCUGCUAUUGACGUCAUGAGGUGAAAUAACCAAAACUCAAAAUCCUGGAUCUGUCUAAAGGCAUGAGUAAAUUUUUCGUCAUCUAGUCGUCAGAGCUGUUUGGCACCAUCUCCAUUUGUUUACCCUUCUUGACUCUUUUUCCACCCAAACAUCGUAUUUUCAUCAUUUCUCCCAGCUUGCCUCUGAUCUGAAUGGUAUCAUGGCUUCUCCUCAACAUCAACAUCUGCUGUUUCACAACAGCGAAGUAAGCUGCGACUCCAGCGGCGAUGGUGCCGUGUCUGUGCGGAUCAGCGGCGCCAAGCCGCACAAACAGCAGCGUGGGAGUCUGGGCGCCAGCGCCAUGUGCAGCAUCAUCGGGGGCUCCAAACAUUGCAAGUACAGCAUCUCCUCCAGCUGUAGCUCAGGCGAAUCCGCCAUCCGCAAACCAGUGGUCAAAGGCCUCCGGACUCAAAGGAAGAUGCCACAGCUGUUCGAAAGGUCGGCUGGACAUUUCUGGAACCCCAAGUUUGACUCCAACAUUCUGGAGGAAGCCUGCCGCGAGCGCUGCUUCCCUCAAACGCAACGGCGUUUCCGCUGUGUGUUGUUUUACUUGGCGGCCGCCAGCCUCCUCUGGGGGUUGUUCUUCAUCGCUAAUGCUAAUCGAUGUGAACGGACUGCCUUCUUAUUGCCCACGGCUGCCUUCCUACUCCUCUGUUCUGUCCUGUUCGUCUUCACGUUCACCCGGUUCUACGUCCACUGCUACAAUCAAGCCUCGCUGUUGCUCAUCGUGGUGACAUUUGCCCUCACUCUUGCACCUCAGAUCCAGACUUCAGGCUUUAGUGAUUUUAAUGUUCCUCCUUUGAAGGAUGAAGAGGACGCAGGCGACUUCAGUGGCGCCGAGGAUAAAAACCUGACGUUUGAAGCCACCCGCAGUGGAGGUCCAGUUGCUCCUUGUUUGUCCCCAGUUGGCACCUUCUCUCUAGGCAUGGAGGUGCUUUCGUUGCUCUACAGUUUCCUCCAUGUCCGUUUGUACGCUUCGCUCCUGCUCGGCUUGCUCUACUCAGUGCUUUUUGAGACUCUUGGCUGGAUGCAUUUGAUUCAAGGCAAUGGCUGGAGGAACUCCACUGAGGAACAUUUGGAAACGCUCUACUGGCUGAUCCCAGGAAGGGUCAUUUUGCAUCUCUGCGCCCACGUCAUUGGCAUCCACCUUUUUAUUAUGUCCGAAGUGCGUUCACGCAGCACGUUCCUCAAGGUCGGCCAAGCCAUCAUGCAUGGGAAAGACUUGGAGGUGGAAAAGGCCCUAAAGGAGCGGAUGAUCCACUCGGUGAUGCCUCGUAGGGUGGCUGAUGAGCUCAUGAAGCAGAGUGAUGACGACAAUGACAAUUCGGUUAAGCGCUACUCGACGGGAGCGGUCAUUGCAGGCGCCUCCAGCCCAAGGAGCACCAAACGCAAGAAGACAUCGAUACCUCGAGGCCAGAUCAUCUUUCGGCCAUUCAACAUGAAACGCAUGGAGCCGGUCAGCAUCCUGUUCGCGGACAUUGUGGGAUUCACCAAGAUGAGCGCCAAUAAGUCGGCGCAUGCCCUAGUGGGACUCCUCAACGACUUAUUCGGACGCUUCGAUCGCCUGUGUGAGCUCACGUGUUGCGAGAAGAUCAGCACGCUGGGAGAUUGUUACUAUUGCGUGGCCGGUUGUCCUGAACCAAGAGAGGACCACGCCUACUGCUGUGUAGAGAUGGGGCUUGGGAUGAUCCAGGCCAUUGAGCAGUUCUGUCAAGAAAAGACAGAGAUGGUGAACAUGCGUGUUGGCGUCCACACUGGCACCGUGCUUUGCGGGAUCCUCGGCAUGAAGCGCUUUAAGUUCGACGUCUGGUCCAACGAUGUCAACCUAGCCAAUCUUAUGGAGCAGUUGGGUGUUGCCGGGAAGGUUCACCUUUCGGAGGCCACGGACAAGUUUUUGGAUGACCGGUACUUGCGAGAAGACGGGCGAGUUACAGAAAGGAUCGGACCAAGUGUGGUUGCAGAUCAGCUUAAAGGUUUUAAGACGUAUCUGAUAUCCGGGAGGAAGGUGAAGCACACCCAGUGGAGCUGCCCUCCAUCUGCUCUGGUGGCUCCUGAGCUCAGAAAGUCUCUCAGCGCCUCGUCCUUCAGCCACAGCCCUGACAUCACAUCCUCAGCCUGCGCUCUGACCCCUGCCCCGGACAGAGCUAAGUCUGCCUGUCCCUCGUGUGGUGCGUUAACUUCUGAAGACGGGGCGGUUCACAGCAACAGCUGCUCAGAUCCUGAUCACAAAACCGUCAACAGCAAGGGACCGCCUGGCAGGAGUCCCAAGACCCUUAAUGGCCUGUUAAGCCCUCAUCUGGAGCAGCCGCUGACACACAGCCAGACCUCUCUGUGCGAGAUGCUGCAGGAGAAGGAGAAGAAGUGGCCCGGAGGAGGAGGCAUCUGCAGCAUGGGAACCAUGGAUCACUCCGCCCUCAUCCCACUGCGCUCCAAAAACUUCCGCGAAAGGAGCGACGCUCACUUCGUGGAUGUGAUAAAGGAGGACAGUCUGAUGAAAGAUUACUUCUUCAGACCGCCCAUCAACAGGUUGAGCCACACUUUCAUAGACAAAUCCCUGGAGUCGGCUUACAGGACCAGCUACCAGGAUGAGGUUAAGACACAGGCUCCUGUCCAGACGUUUGCCAGUCCAACAUUCAGCUCUUUCCUAGACAUGCUCCUGUGCUGUUGUGUUCUCCUGGCUCUCUCUGUGGCCUGCCUCCUGCGACCGCUGGUUACCCAGCAGCCCCUGCCCACACCUGCACUCAUAGUAGCCGCAGUUGCAGCUGUGCUUGAAUGUUUGGCCCUAGUGCUGGCAAUACGGCGAGCCUUUUACCUGGACAGAGUCCUGAACUGCACCAGGACCCUCUUCUGGGCCAUUUCUGGCUGGGUUCCCCGUCACAUGAUCGGAGCGGUGCUGGUGUCUUUACCCGCCGUGGCUGUGUUUUCUCAUAUCACCUGCAAUAUGCAUGACUCCAUACAGUUCACCAUGUUCACCUGCUGUGCUGUCAUAAUUGCCAUCAUCCAGUACAGCAAUUUCUGCCAGCUCAGUUUCUGGAUGCGUUCAAGCCUGGCGACGCUUGCGGGACUCACCUUUCUCAGUGUGCUCUGGAGCCCCCCUUGCAGCACUUGGGAACGUUUAUUUGUGAGAUCCAGUGACUUCAACAGCAGCUUUAAUGACGUCCAAUCCCCUGCAGAAGAUUCAACCCGACUGCAGGACCUGCUCGGCCCGGAAGCUUUGGCUGCCUUCUUCCUAUUGCUCCUCCUCGUUUGGUUCCUAAACCGUGAGUUCGAGGUGAGCUACCGUCUACACUACCACGGCAACGUGGAAGCAGACCAGCACCGCAUCAAGAUCCAAAACAUGCGGGACCAGGCCGACUGGCUCCUGCGCAACAUCAUCCCUAUCCACGUGGCCGAGCAGCUGAAGGUGACCCAGAGCUACUCGAAGAACCACGACAACGUGGGCGUCAUCUUCGCCAGCAUCGUCAACUUCAGCGAGUUCUACGAGGAGAGCUACGAAGGCGGGAAGGAGUGCUACCGUGUCCUGAACGAACUUAUCGGGGACUUCGACGAACUCUUGCGCAAAUCCGACUUUUCCAAUAUCGAGAAGAUCAAGACGAUUGGCGCCACCUACAUGGCGGCGUCGGGGCUCAAUACGCAACAGUGUAGCGAUCAAGCCCAUCCGCAUGCCCACCUGCGAGCGCUCUUCCAAUUUUCUUUGGAAAUGAUGCACGUGGUGGACGACUUUAAUAAAAACAUGCUUGGCUUUAAGUUCAAGUUGCGAAUCGGGUUUAACCACGGACCUCUUACCGCCGGAGUAAUCGGUACCACAAAGCUACUCUACGACAUCUGGGGCGACACGGUGAACAUCGCAAGCCGGAUGGACACGACUGGCGUGGAGUGUCGCGUUCAGGUUAGCGAGGAGAGCUACUGCGUGCUCAGUGGAAUGAACUACGAGUUCGACUACCGUGGUACCGUCAACGUGAAGGGCAAGGGUCAAAUGAAGACCUACCUUUACCCGAAGAACUCAGACAGCGGACCUGUACCUCAAUACCAGCUCUCUGUCUCUCCGGAAAUCCGAGUGCAGGUGGAUGGCAGCAUUGGACGCUCGCCCACCGAUGAAAUCGCCAAUAUGGUCUUAGCGGCCAGUGCUAGUAAAGUAGGCGCGUCGUUUUCUGUGAGCUCAGGACUCACCGGACAGGGAUUUGCUGGUAGAGACUUUCCCGAGAAGACUGGAAGCAAUGGUACGUCGAAGACUCAACGAUCUGCGUCUGCUGUUGGCCUGACUUGCAUACCGGAAACCAGCUUGAGCGCAAGUCCAGCGGUUUUCUGUAAACCACCGGACCCGACUUUGACCUCCCCUCCUGUCCGGGUGGAAAUCGCAGAGGUUGUUGCAAAAAUGGAGGGAGAAAUUGCGUACAUGGGCGAAAUGACAAAACUUUGACUUGAAACAAGCCAACAUUGUUGUCGCUGUUGGUUUUAACCCUUUAAACACAGGCUCUCCAUUGAGUUUGUCGGGAUAGGCGAGUUUAGGGAUGUAUGCUAACGUAGAUUUGCAUCUGUCUAUGUGGAAAGUUUAAGCACACAACCUUGAAGUGUUUAUAGCGCUAGCCGAAUCAGGAGAUACUUCCACAUCUGGUUGGUGGUGCUGGACCGUAAAAACUCGGGAGGAGCCACAUGAACCAUUUCUAUAUGGGAUACGAAAUGCAGAGGAGAUGCAUUUGGACGGCACAGACCUGAAGUCCCAUCCUUAAAUAGACCGCAGUUAUUUCCGCUAAUUUAAUUUUGAAUAUUAUUUUCCUCUAGCUUCUACUAUAGGCUGCCUUUCGUGACUGGUUUUCUUUUAAUGAAGUGCCUUUAGGAUGAUAACAAUAUGUAUGAGGCAUUUUUCAAAAAGGUUUCUCAAUCAAAUCUUUCGCUGAAGAUCUAAAAGAUUUAGCAUGUAAAUUUGAUGUUAGAAAGCGCUUUAAUUUUUGUGAAAGUAUUUGAUAUAUUUUGGAAUAUUUAUAGAUAAUUUGAGUUCUCUCAGUUGGACGUUCAUCUAGUCAGUAUUCAAAACAAUUUUACAAAGCAAAACUCUGUAUUGCGAUGAUUGCUGUUUUAAAAAGACCCAAGAUAAAACCAUCGCGUUGAAUGGUGCAUGGCCAAAAGUGUCUGUGAAGAAGUAUUAGUGAAAUGUAGAGCAAGCUAUGGGCUAAAAUCGCCUACAGUCAACAAUAUCAAACAUCUCUAGCACUUUAUCUUGAUGCAUGCAUUCCUAAGUGUCUGAAUAUGGCCUUUCCGUCUCUUUUUUCGUGAUUUUUCCUAUUGCUCUUCAUUCUGCAGCUAAAUGCUUGGUUGGCUGACUGACAUCUGAAUUUCAGAUGAAAGUUCUAAGACGAUGUGCAAGUUUGCCUUAACGCUAAUGAGAUCAUAGUCUUAAAGGACAAAAAUGCAUUCAUGCAUUAGCUACUGUGACUUUCAGACUUUACACAAAAUAUUAUAUAAAAUAUAAAAAUGGGCAGUCAGUUUUAAGAUAUAGGCAGUUUGUUUACAAGUCAACAUAAAAUCAACACUGACCCCAUUUACUCUCCUAGUCUUAUUCUGGAUGAUCCAUUAGUGCAUGUUGUUGUAAAAGCAAAAAUGUCUGUAAUCUUUCAUCAAAAUUUAAACUUGCGACACUUCUGAAAUGACUUAUCGGCUGAUGUCACCUAGGCUGUGCAGGAAUGGAAAAUAAUGGUAAUCAGUAGCUAAAUAACAUUGUUUUGGGCUACUGUUGUAGGUAGUGCAGCAAUUCAAUAUUAAACUGAUUAUGGCAAUAAUAGCAAGUAGGCCUAAUGAUAGAUUUGAAAACAAUGCUUUAAAAUUGGACAAACUCUGGUCAAAAAUCCUCAAAAAUUGGGUGGAAAAAAGCUGGUAUCGUCUACUUCCACCGUCUAAUCCCAGGGUACUCAACAGGGGGCCCGUCUGCAUUCAUUUUGUGGCCUGCGUCAUGCAGAAGACUAAUGUAUUUAAUCAAGCAAGUCUUAGAUGAGUGAUAAACUGCAUUUCUUAAUCAGUUAAACUGCAAAUAUUGUCUUAAAUAAAGUCUUAUGAUGCAAAUUGUAAUUUGUGGCCCUUCGCAUUUUAUGUGGUUAAAAUGCGGCCCGCUUGGCCUCUGAACUUGAGUACCCCUGGUCUAAUCAAUCCCUGAUGGAUCAAAUUAAAUCCUAUCCUACUUUUUUUUUCUCAUGGAAUAUGUAAUGUUUCACUUAAAAUGACGUCAUAUGAGAGUAUGAGCGUGCCAUUUCAUGUUGGCUUUGAUUUGAAUUAUUGUGCGCUGACAUCUUGAGUGGUAAAAGUUAAUUCAAUUAGUUCAAAUGUGAAAAAAUAAAACUUAAAAGAGACAGUUAAGUCACCAUAGUGGCAUAACAGUUUCAAGGACUGGUAAUAAUCUAGGUAACAUAUAUGUACCAGUCAAAUGUACAGACUCAUGUGAAUAUUAGAAUAGAUUAGACCAUAGCCUUGACUCUGCCUGCUUGUCUUUUGAUGUGCAAUAGUAAAGGGUAAAUUAUUGUAUGGGAUAUUAGCAAAAGGAAGUAGAUUUUAAUCUUUUUAACAUUGAGCUUUGUGAGUAACUUAAUCUGCACUGAUACUACAUACAUUUUACGACUGUCUAAUGAUUUAAAAAUGGAUGUUUUACAUUUUGAUAGCAGUUUAGUGUCUUUGCUUUUUCCCUUACGUUUUGGCUUUAUGAUGGGCGACCUGUAUUAGUUUAAAAGGGUUGUGUGCUCAAUGAUUUGCUAUUGAUUUGUCAUGCUUCACGUUCAGUGGUGAUAUUUAUGGGAAUAUGAGAAAAUGUGAAAUGUAUAACUUUUCUUGACAUUGCUGUGAAUUAGCAAUCUGCCAAGAAAAUAUACAUUUAAAAGGGAAUUGUUAUAAAAGGUGAUUGAUUUGCCAGUAUUUCUCAUUGUAUAUAUUAGUGCCUUUUACUCGUUUAGAAUGCAUUGAUCGGUCAAAUGACAUCCUGUUUAUCUGUUCAUUUUCAUACACUAAAUGCUUGUGUAUGAUAAAUGUCUUGAGAUUCAACGUGAUCUUUAGCGCUGUGCCUUUUCUUAACGAUUAGCUUGACGUGUCCAUUUUCACUGUAUAUUCCUUUUGAAUGUGAACUGCUCUUUAUUUAAAAAUGUACAGGAUGAAUAUUGUCAUUUAUUUACUCCAAGGUGCCACUCUAAUAUGUCAUUUUUAUUCUGUGCUGAUUUUGAUACUGUUCAGUUGAUGUGUUUUUGGUGACACCAAGCAUAGCAAUCCAUGUAUUUAUAAUAUAUUUUAUAGGGCACGACUUUUGCUAAAUAAUAAAAGUGCCCUUGCUGUCUGGAUGGGGAAUGAGCACACAACCCUUAUGGGCUCCUCUGUUUCAGAGUAGUAGAGCAAUAUAAAACUUGAUCCAACUAAAUAAGCGUUACGCUUCAGCCUCCGAACUGCUGCUUGAACUUAGCUUGACGAAGCACAAUUGUGUUUUUCAUCAGUUAUUUUUUAUGGAAAUGUGCUCCUUAUGAACUUUCCAUUCCAUUACUUCUGUUUGAGACUUUAUUGUGAGGAAAACACAUUUAGGGCAAAUGAAAGGGCUGAACUAAUGUAUGAUAACAGAAGAGCCACAUUUUAUUUUUAUUUACAAUCACUUAAGUUGGCCCAAUUGAUGAUUCCAAGCAAUUUGACGUAGGAAACGUGUGUUUUAAUAGAAAUAUCACACACUGGGGACUUCUUGCCAAAGAGCGUAUUUAUUCAAGAAUGUAUGAUUUCGAGUUUCUCUUGGGUUUCUUCAUUUAUAAACUCAAUCUGUAUUCAUUUGUAUAAAUUUUUUUCUCUCCUAUGUUUGUACAUAUGCAUUGCUCUGUGUUGACAUAUAAUUAAUUUUUGUAUUAUUUAUAUCAAUGCAUGUGCCAUACUGUUACAUCAAAGCUAAUGGAUGAAAAGGGAAAGCCAAUAAUACAGUGUUGA